UAACGACGAACGCGGUGGCUGGAAAUUGCUCUGCGCUGUGGCCAGAGGUUGCUGCUGCGACCGCCCCGAGUUCAUAAUCCCAAAAAGAGAAGACGCAGACGAGGCUCGCUCCAUUUCGCUCUUUAUCCGACCCACCAACGGCCAGCCAGCUCCCAACGCCUUGCUCUUCACACGCUGCGCGUGCAUAAAAUCCACAAAAACCUACAUAUAUACGCAAAAACGACCCCGCAGCAGCCCCCACCAUGCUUCAGAACCCACCACCACGGCUCAGCGCCCCGCCGAAGAGGAGAGGCCCGCCCGCGCCCUUGUUCAUCGAGACCCCCUCCCGCAAUCCGGCCAUCUCCCGCCCGCCGAGCGAGUCCUCCGCCUCCGCCCUCACCUCCGACUCCGACAGCCACCCCUUCGGCGCCACCGGUACCGCCAGGAAGAGUAGCCGCAACAUGAAGGGCCUCAGCCUCGCGCUCCCCUCCGCUCAGUCAUCGUCGAACUCCCUCCAGUUGCCCGACGCCGGCGGCCUCAAGUCCGCCAUCCCUGACUUUGGGAGGGACAAACAGCGCCGGCCGUCGGUUAUAUCCCUGCCAUCCACCGCGAAUCCCCUCGCGCGCAACUACCGCCGGGAAGAGGACGGGUCGCCCACAGUCCCGUAUGCGGACGGGCCCAUACAGAUCCUCCCGGGCCUAUGGCUCGGCUCCGAGGACAAUGCGCGGGAUUGGAAAGGCCUUCUCGAGCGUGGCAUUCGCUCGAUCCUCAACGUCGCCAAGGAAGUCUCCACUCCCUUCGAAGACUCUGCCGUUACCCAAACCCUCCGCUCGACCGCCUCAACGCCCAACUUCGGCGAGACGAAGUUCAACCGAGACCCCAACUCGACGUACUACCCCGCGCACAUCCCCAGCGGGCGCCCGAGCAUGCACUACCUGAAGCUGCAGUGGAGCCACGGCGAGAAGGACCUCGUGGAGACUGGGUUCCCCACCGCCAUGGCCUUCGCGGACGCUGCGCGCGCGCGUGGAGAGGGGCUUCUAGUCCACUGCCAAUGCGGCGUCUCCCGCUCUGCGACCGUCAUUAUCGCCAUGGUCAUGCGCGCGGCGUCCGAACGCUUGCACUGGGUGCCCGCGGACGUGUGGGCCCUGAAAGAUAUGAACAGCGCGUACGACUACGUCAAGUCUAAGAGCCGCUGGGCAGGACCGAAUAUGUCGCUCAUCUUCCAGCUGCGUGAAUACGAGAAGCAGCUUUCGAAAGAAGCUGGCAACAUCUCGCCCUGCUCCGUAUCCUCCCGGUCAUCUGCUUUGGCAGAUGAGGAAUGGGGAAGGCGCCGUGCGCUGCUCGACCUUGAGGAGCCGGAAGCACCUAAAAAGCAGGAGGUUAUCACGCCGGCGGUUCGCGCAAGUAUGUCCGAGGAAGCUGCGGCGCUCGACAAAGCCAUGGAGGAUCGCAUAAUCGCGCGCAAGUCCUCCCAAUCGUCGGUCGCCUCUUCUACUGGUGCCGGUCCCUGGCGCAGCCGCUAUGGGUCUGGCUCCCAGCUCGGAAGCUUUGGCUUCCCUCGCAAGCAUAAGCGCGCCUCGUCGAUAGCAAGCACAACCAAUGGCAGUAUCCUCAGUGAGGACCUCGUGGAGGAAGACGAAGAAGCGGAGCUUCUUGGCGUCGGCGGACGGUUCGACUCGAUCAAUUUCGAGCGCGGCAGGACACCGAGCAAUAGCGGGGACGAGCACACAAGUGCAACGAACUCGCCGGACGACGACGACCAUGAGGACCAACGUGGCUUCCCUUCUGGAUCCAACGUUCACCUUGCACCGCCACCUGCUGGCAAGCGCCGCAUGGGUCGGCAGCCGCCGUCGCUCAGCGUGCCCCCUUCGGCACCUGCCUGGAAGAGCAACUUCAGCUUCGCUGCGGGACCCCCUCCCAGCGCGACCCGCUCGACCUUCGACCUCACCCCCGUCCCGCCGCACGUCAUCCCGGAGCGUGAUGCGCCGCGUAUGCAGGCUGCUCCCGCUACCCGGCACAAGCGUCGCCCGCCUUCCCUCAGCAUCCUCCCGCCCGUCCCUUCCUCCCCAGUACACGUCGACGUCAUCAUCAAUCCCCCUUCAGCGAACGCAGAGCAGACCGAAACGCCACAAAAGGCGAGGAAGUCGCGGCCCACGUCCUCGCAGACGAUCACCGCGCAUACCUACUCCGCCUCGCAGCCGGUCACCCCAUCGCGCUCUGAGCCCCCAUCGAGGAGCCCGUCGCGCAGUCGCGCGCCAUCGACACCGAUGCCGCCCCUGCGUCUGCGUAAGCGCACGUUGUCGCGCAAGCCUGCACCGCCGCCGUUGCAUCUCCGCGCCCAAGUCCCCGAGACGCCCGGACGCGUCCGCCGUCCCUCGCAGCACUCGCCCGAGCACUCGCAGACGCUCUUCCUGUUCCCGCCAUCGCCUGGAUGCGGCACAACGCCGAGCGCGAUGACGCUUACCAUGAUGCAGGGCACGCCCACACCGCGCCCAGGACCGGACAGCGUGCCGUUCCCGGUCAUGAUGAGCGGGACGCCGCGUGUGGAGACCUUCCGCGGCAAGCACGGUCGCACGCACAGCUUCAUCGGCAUCGGGGUACCCCCAACGCCCACCACUGCAUUCUCCAAGGUCGACGUGCGCGGCAUCGUCGGCUGAGCCCGGACACCACCACCGCCGACGGUGUCGCUAUCAUAUGUCUCACCCUAUGGCGCAGUACCCUCUGCCUCUCGUCGCUCGCUUUCUUCGUCGUCUUCGUG